AUGGCCGCAUCGUGGCACUCCCAGCGACCUGGAAGCUAUUUUCAAUCCGGAGAAGACGCUCCAGCUCUUGCUGUGGAGGGUGUCCAGCCCGCUCUUUGCCAGCCCACGCGCAGUCACCUGUUCUGUGCCCGUUUCGCCUCUGUCAGACUCCAACGUAUUCGCAGGGAGAUCCCCGCUGUCUCCUUCGGCCGCCGUUCUUCCAUGCAUACCAAGGACGCCCGAGGAGACACGUGGCCCGUGCCUCGCCGCAACCAAGCUACCACAUUAACUCGCGAGCCCUCUACAGUUACGACAGCACACCAACACACCCUGCUCUUCUCCGAGCUCUUGAGCCUUCUAAUAUCUUUGUACGGCACAAUGAUGUACUUCUUGGUAUUCGCGACCCUCAUCUUCUCCACGCCUGCCUACCUGGUGUGUGAUCUAGCAAACUGCCAACUGACAGCUGUCACUAUCUCCAGCACGGAUGACUGCAUCGCGUCCCUGAACCAUAGUAUUUUCCUCAGGAGCAACGGCGUACAGCUCACCAGAGCAAACCCCCGGCACGAGACCCCGCAUCCCCGUAUUACUAGGCUCAACACCUCUCCAUCCUCGGGAUGGAGAAGCCCCAACUUGCGGUGA